UCUCGGCGCCAAACAGAAACUUUCCUCCGCGCUUCAUCGCUGUUUAAUGAUUUGUUUUAUUGAUGUUCUUCAGAUUUUUUCUUUCUUUAGGUUUCAUCGGUGUUUUGAGUCGAGUUCCCGAAGGUUAUUUUAGUUUCACGCUGAAAAACUGAGAGUUUAUCGCGCGUUUCGUGCAGGAAGAGAAGAAAGAGUUUAAAAUGGCAGAUGAUUCUGAUCAGAGAUCAGUUUUAAUGGAGAUCCCAGAACCACAGGCCAAGAUCACAGGACGUCUGAGGAGAUCCUACAUGGAUGUGCUGUCCGGCGGAGCGAGACACGGGAGACGGGGACACGUGUGUGUGUGUGUGUGUCGUGAUGUCAGGACUCUCAAACACUCCUCAGUGUCUGAAGUGGACACAGGUCCAGAGAGACGCCGGACUCCAGGCCGUUUGGACACGUGUGUGACGUCCGUCUCCAGACACCUGCUCAGAAGUCUUCUGCUGGCCGAGCAGUCCGUUCAGAUGGCGUCCGUCUCGCUGACCUCUGACCUCAGGCUCUUACUGGAGGAUCUGCAUCAGAAGAAGAGCAGUGUGUACAGAUCCAUCCCAUACUCCCGUCUGGGCUCCAACAGAGACGCACACUGCUUCAGGAAAGCCCGGCCUCAGCUGAUGGCCUUCAGGCGCUCGUGUCAGGACGGAGGCCGUCUGCUGCUGCAGGAAGCUCAGUGGGAGAAGCUGCUGGAGUUCGUUCAGACGGCGUGUCGCUACGCCAGCGAGCUCCCGCAGUGGGAGACCAGCUCCCAUAAUGCACUGCAGGAGCACUGCUACAACACGCUAGCAGCGUUCUGUACCGCGGCGCUGAGGAAACACAGACCCACCGCACGCAGAGCUGGAGAACUGCUGCGCAGGUUCAAAAUGGCUCCGGUGUCGAGUCACGUGAUCGGGCCGUGUUUAGAAGAGCUGGAGAAGAUCCUGCAGGGAUAUCAGAGCGGAGAAUCACACACACAGAUCCUCCUGAGUGACGUCGCUGAGGUCUCACUGUGAUGCACGUCGAUCCGUCAGCGCACGAGACCCCGCCCACAGCGCAAGAGACCCCG